AUGGAUGAUCUGGUAUUAUGGUGGCAGGAGCAAAUGGAACGUCUCUUAGCAAGGCACCUAAGUCCUCAGGUCUGGUUUGCAAGCUCACUUUCACUCCGUGCAGCCUUCGGCACCAUGUUCCUGCUCCAGCAGCUGCUAUUGGGUGCAGCCCAACCACAAGGCGAACGAUGGGACAUCCUUGGCCUGGAACCUGAAAAAAAGUCUCUCUCGGCUGGCCUAACCGGGAAAUCUUCCCUUGCAUUUGAUCACCUUCUGGCCGUCCCCGUCAUCUUUCGGUUCCAUUCACCACCAAAAAUUUCAAAAAAACCCUCAACACGCUCAGGACAACCGAGAAGACCUGUCGUCCAAACUCCUUUUUUUUCUCGACCUACCAAAACAAUCGCAUACUGUUUCCGGACGACGAAGACAAAGUCCCACAUCCUUGGGUCACCAUUCGCACCACCUAAACCGACGACCAUUGUUCCUCGAUCGUUAUCCGAUUCCCUCAACACCGCUCAAUCGCAUUCGACUUUCGAUUGGCUUCACUCGCAGCUGACGCUACCUCACCCACCUGUUCACUCCGAGGUCCUGGUUUCUGGGUCUACAGCGGAGUGCACAAGAAACCUCCCAUUCUUGUGCGUCAACGCUGUCUCCUCAGCGUGUACGCAUCUUCUAGGGACUGGCACGACCACAGCCACCCUGGAAGCUCGCUACUCUUUCAGCGCACACCGCGCCGGCCGCGCGGAGUGCGAUUCGGUAACGGUCUACUUUGAAUACGCAUCAGUUAUGGGUAUCGCCGCCUGA